UCGAGCGCCUUAUCAACAAAGAUGGCGGCAAGGAAAACAAGGGAGCUUUUUUGGGUAAUCGCUGGUGAUUGAGCUUUAAACAUGGACAGAAAGGAUUCAGAUGUUCAUGAUAAUUUCUUUGCGAGCUUAAACCAACUGAUUUUAAGCUUGGAACCCGCUAUAAAGGAAGCAGGGUCUGUCGCAGCGGCCGAAGACAUUUUGACGCACCUGGAGGCAACUGAUGAAAAUUUUCACAGGUUUGUUUUAACUCACUGACAUGUUAGUAAGCUUGUAGCUUUCCAUUAAAACAUUUUUGUUUUGCUCGAAGAAUUUCGUUUGAAGUAGAGUAUCGCAGUAGAACAUCAAAUUCUUAAAUCCUGGCCAACCAUUCGUAGCGUCCGUAGGCAGAAGCUACUAAUUUAUAGUUGACUCCUCGGUAGACCGGCACUCAUCCAAGUGAGAGCUAACCAGCUAACCAGAAGAUGAGUUAUAAGCUGUUACCGGAGAGAAAUUAGUGCAGAUUUGUGUGAAACUUGCGCCAAGUCUUCCGUGUUUUUUUUUUAUAUUGAUAAGGAUGAAUCGUAAGCUUAAAUGUAUGUACGACUACAUGUAUCCGAGCCAUUUUGUUUCUAGCCCGGGUCACCUUGGAAAAAUCAACAGUUAAGUAACUAAAUGCAUUAUAAAUGUGCAUAGGUUACCAUGGGAUUAGUAUUACCAGCUAGGGUUUUUUAUAAACAUCUCCUCACCCUGGACCUCAGGAAGGUACUCGUUGAUUUGAAUAUACAUAAAAGGCGGGGACGACUACGAGUAUGAGAUUUGAUUUAAAGUCUUUUCGCAUAUUUUCAAUUAUAGACUCUUGAGAAAGCUUCAUUUUACCAUUUUUCACUAGAAAAUCUAGCACUGUUAUCUGAAGUGAAGGAGGUUACACCCCCUCCCGAUCGUGAAAUGAUAAAACUUCUAACAUUUUGAUAUCUUGUUUAUGCCAAUUUGACAUUCUUGCUAAGCCUCAUAGUAGACUGAUGACGGCUACCAAGUUUUUCCGCCAAAAUGAUGAUGUUGGCUCAUGCACGUGCACUACUUAGUACUGAGAAAAUCUCAUACUCGUAGUCGUACUCAUCUUAGAAUGUAAAGGUCUCUGUUGCAAUUCUCCAAGGAAACAAGAACUCGGAACAGUCAUACGUAUGAAUUCCAGAUUCCCUUUAACUCAAAGAAUACCCCUAAAUUCUCCUUUUUCCCGAGGACCUCUAGGGAGUGGAAUGUACUCCCAGCAGAGGUAGGGUUGUCGCUAUCGCAGCUGUGUUCAAGGAGAAAGUGACUACUUCUAUGUACUACAAUCCAAACUAGCCUAGUCAUUAUAUAUGUAUAUGUAUUUCUUUUUUUUUUAACAGUUAGUGUGAUACCUCACCGGCUUUACUAACUUAUUACAGGUAAAGGAGAUUGGGAUCUAACAACUCAGAUGGUCUAAAUUAUUAAACUAACUUGCACAAAAUAUUCUGAACUUCCUGCUAGAUAUGACUUUGUGAGGCAGCUUCGAAGCCGUAUUGACAAUACACUUACACCGUUGAUCGACAAGAAGUUAGAGCGACUUGAUGGAAGGGAGGGUGACAGGAAUAACACCCUUCCAGUGAUAACUGAGGAGAUUGUAGCUUCACCAGAGUGAGUAACAGUUAAUACACUGAAGGAAUACAUUGCAAUCUUUAUACAGUGUUGGAGGACAGCUUUAUAAUAAAGCAUUUCUAUUAUUUUAUCUAGUCUCAUGGCAGAUUUAGGGGUGGGCCGAGGGGGCGGCAGCCACCCCUUUUCCUUUGAAAUUUUCUAUUAUUUUUAUUGACUUCUGUCUCAGAGAAAUAAAAAGUAUCUAGAAUAGAGCUGUUAAGUGUCCCGCUCCCCCUUUCUGAAUUUUCUGGAUCUGCCACUAAGUCUUUCCAUGACUGUGAUAGAACCAGGGAGGGUUAAUUGAAUACUAGGACAUUGGAUACAAGUUUAGAGGGAUAUGUGUGUAUUACUGUAAGAAAAUAUUAUUAUUAGUAGUAGUAUUAUCUUAUAUAAUGCAGAGUUUUUCUUUCUUGGUAUGUAUAUGACAGCAUGAAAUAUCUAGGCUGUGUUCUAGCAUUACAUUGUUCAUUUUGAGCCUGGGCAAUUUGAAAAUCUUAGUUUUCCAUGAAAACCAUAUCCCGGGUACCCUGGAUUUCUCAGGUUUAGAGAAAUGGGCUCCCUUCAAUUAUUCUUAGUGCACAGCCUUGCAUAUUAAGUAUGAUCUUUUUUGCACUUAAAACUUCUACCUGCUUCUACAGUGUAUAUGUUGUAGUUAAUUUUUUAUCUCAGGUAAUUUUUGUUUUUCUUUUGUUUUUGGGUAUGGUAAUGUAUGCUAAUGAAGUUGAAACAAAGGAAAAAUAAAAAUUACCCGAGAUAAAAAAUUAACUUCAACAUAUACCUUGAGAUGUUGUCUGAACUUUUUAAUGGACUUCUCUUCCAAGGCUAAAGAAACUAGAACUGAUCUUAUCCUGUUUCUACUACAAAGAUGCAUGCAUGGCGAUCACAGUUAACAGCCAGCCUACUUUGUUAAGAUAGUAUUCUCAUUUUGUCUUUUCAUGCUUGCUGCACUGGUCACUUUUGACCACCCUCUUAUCCCUGCAGGUUUAUUAAUCUCCAGCAGUCAAUAUUAGCAGAUACAAAGGAUGCUGUGAAUGCACUGGUAUAAUUUCUUACAAAUACUUUUUAAUUAAAAAUGUUACCAAUAGUCUAAGGUGAUCUUCCUAAUCUUCAUAGCUAAGGUCAUACAGGUGUACAGUUUUCAACCACCUAAUUUCUGCAGAAUUAAGACCUGGAAAUAGAAAGUUCUUGUGAAAAUUAGCAAUCCAAAAUAGCCUGCAAAAUUUAAUAACUGAUAGUUUUUCUUCCUUGCAUUUUGUAUAUGUACACUUUGAGCUAUCAUACAUUGUAUGUUCAAUUAAGAACAAGCAUGCUUCUUGAGUUGUUUGAACCAUGGCUACUAAUAGUACUGCAUGUAACCCAGUUCUUGACAAAUUCUUAAUAAUUUCUUUGAAUGUGAUAUUUUCUGACAAAUCAUCUUGUCCAUUUCUCAGCCAUUUUUGGUAAAAUUAAGUUUUGUAAUAACUAGUAAUGCUAAAAAGAAGCAUGUCAUCACCUGUGAUAACUUAAUGUAACUUAUAUUUUGAUUUUCAGAUCCAAACUUUUUCUCAGAAUCCUCGCCUUCGUUCAUCUGAUUAUGAGCUCACAGAAAACAGGGGCCGAAUGGCACCUUUCAGAUUGUCACUGGAUUCAAGUGAUGAAGAUUCAUCCAUGUCAUCUUCAUUUGGACAGGUAGAACAGCAGCAAAGAAUUGAUAAGCUGGUUACUCAUAAAUCAUUCUCUUUGAAGGUGCAGGUGCCUUUUACAAGGUCUAAGAGAUCAUGUGGUCCCCUUUUUCAGCCCAGCCUGCCCAGUCAAAAUGGUUUACGACAGUGGGAAGGAUAACCAGGGUACCAGAUGACAAAAGCCAAAACGCAUGUGGUUUCUCUAAAUAAAUAUAUUAUUAAACGGUAGUGUCGAUAAGGUGGCAAUAAACCAUUAGUCUGAAAUGUCAGCCAUCUCUUUACAUCCUCCCCCCUCCCCGCCCCUCUCCUUAACAGGCUGCUGUAGGUGGGGAUAGGGUGAAGAGAUGACUGACUAUUCAGACCAAUAUUCCAAUGGAAGCAGCAAAAUUGUGGCUACUUACUCAUUAAUUUUUUAAUGGGCUGUUUUUUGAACCUGGAAAAUGGUUUUCCCCCCAUUGUACAUCAGCUGAAAUUAUGAUAAUAUUGUUAUUUGUAUUAUUUACUUUAUUUUAUUUCUUAUGCUUAAUUUUUCUUGAACUCUUGAAUUUUUUCCGUUCUCUGGGGCCAACCACAUUGGGACCUUGAGUUUGUUUGUUUGCCUCUGUAAUUUGCUUAUUAUUUUUUUGUACACUUAAUGAAAGUCUCUAAUUUUAAUUAAUAAGAAAAUGUGAAAUAAUCAAGUAAAUGGAAACCAGCCUAUAUCAAUAAUAUUAUUAAUUAACAAAGGGACUAGACUUAAGUCGUGGAAGAAUUACUCCACUCUUUUCAUUUCCUACUGAAUAAAGAUUACACAUGCAAGUACAUGAUGUAUGUUUCAUUUUCCUACAUGUACUUUUUACCAUGGUAUAUUUUUCCUCUUUGGUUUUUUAGACUGGGUUUAUGUUUAACAUGACACCUGAGAAGUUUAGUGAGAUUGCAGAGAAUCUUGAUCCUGAUAAACCACUGCAAGUAAGUCAAGCCUUAUGAUAAGUAAUAACUUUUUCAAUUUCGAAAAGUAACUUAUUUAAUUAUUGAAUAAGAUACUUUUCAAAAUUUAAAGAGUUCCAAAAAGUGUUUGUCUACUAAAACAAAAGUGACAAGCCAAAAUUCAGGAAUUUUGAAACACUUUAAAAAAUGACCGAAAACCCUGAGGAAUGUGUACAAAACAGUACCUAAUUUUUGUGUAGUCAAAUAUGCAAAAGCUUAAAGGUCUGGAGCAAGGCUGAAAAUGAAGUGUAAGACUAGGGAGAGAUGACAGGCAAGUGAGGUUUGCGAGCUAGGUGUUAGUGAGUCUCUGAUAAUGUGCUGGCACUUUGUACCUACAUAGUAAACAAUCUUGAAUGUGAUUUUGAGAUGACAAAACCUACUGUUUUACAGUCUAUAAGGACGUUCUUGCACAGAGAGCUUCAUUAUUUACUACAGGUGUAUUUGUAUUCUUGUAAUUAUUUUUAAAAUUAAUUGAAAUUAAAAAUACGGGUUAUUCUCAAUCAAUGUACACUGUGUCUUAUUCACUGAUUGACAGGUGCGGAUUAAUGCAUUGAAUACACUCUACCAGUUUCCGCUUUCUGAUGAACUCACAAGUAAAAAUUCAGAAGGAAUAAGAAAAGGACUCUUGGCUGCACUGGCAGAUGGAGAUGAGCAUCUUGCAGUAUGUCUAAAAACGUUAUUCUUCCAAAUACUGCAAACUUCUGCUAAUAAGCCCCUGACCCCAGUGAUAGGCCCAUCUACCUUUAAAGAACAGCAAAAUGCUUCCAGUUAUUUAUAAGUUCCCCUCCAGCCUCCAGCUUGUAUUGAAAUGAAUUUGAUUUUUUAUGACAUUUUGAAGGUUUAAAAGUGAGUAAGUUCAAAAAGGAUUUUGAUCAGCACUAGUGUAGUUAUAAGCCCCCCACCCCCACCCACCAUGAAUACAAAUGUAUAAGCUCCCUGUUUAUAAGCCAUUGAUCUUAAAACCGGUUAUGAAGUUGUAUAAUCCCAGUUCUUAUUUAUAAGAGUGGAAGUGUAUGAUGUUAGAGUAUUACCCACUUACCUACAGCAUAUACUUGUAGCUAAUAUAGCUGCAUGAAUUUCUCGUUUAAUUUUGGCCUUUCUUUUUCUUUCAUAUGGGUUUUACAUUUGUGCGAUGAAGAACUGAAAUGAAUUUUUGAUGAUACUAACAAGACCAUAAGAAAGAAAGUUUGUGAGAACUUGAUCAGACUUACCUACAAGAGCAGCUUCAUAUUAUGUUAUGAAUGUUUUUUGAUAGGAAAAAAGCCUUAAAUUCCAUGCAAGAAUGUUCAUGGCAUCCUCUGCUCAUGUAACUAGAGAGAUCUACACAUGUCUAGGUGAGCUGACCCUGAACAUUGUCUUGGGUUUACAUGUAACAAUUGCAUUUUUGCUGUGGAUGACAACUAUACAAUAUGUUGUAAAAAAAAUGUAAAUUGUUGUUUGUUGUUCCUCAAAAUACUUCAGAGUUCUUAUAGCUGGUUUAAAUGCAUUGGUGCAGUCCAGAUCAAUAGAAUUUGGAAGUGUUGGUUUUUGAGGAGAAGGAAAAACCAAAGUACUUGGAGGAAAACCUUGCAGAGCAACAGAGAGAACCAACAACAAACUCAACCAAGAUAAUUAUGUCACUGAUGCUCAGGAUUUGAACCUGGACCACAUUGGUGGGUGGAGAGUGCUCUCGCCACUGCACCACCCUUUGGUCACCAAUGUUAGGGAUGCACCAUUAGAAAUGUGAAGGGGUGGGGAGUCCAAAAACAAAAAAAAAAAUCCUGCAAAACAAAAUUUUAAGAAAAAAAAAUCCUGCAUUGCAACGAAACCAGAAAAAAAUAUCCUGCUUGGAUAACCAAUGUGACUGCGACAAUAUAUUACACAGUCUGAAAAAUAAAUCUGUGAUCUGUAACAGGAAAUCCCCUUCCCCCAACUUCCUAAAUUCAUGUCAAACUACAUUUCAGGCAGAAAAAACAAUUUCUACUGGCUAAAUAGAGAUUUCAAUUUGAACCAACUCUGAUGCCCUUGAUCUCUAUAGCUGCCAUAGUAUUAAAUUAAGAGACUGUGGUGAUAAUUGUUUAACUUUAUAAAUUAAAUAAACUUUUUUAUUGAAAUACUUUUGUUUUAAUGGGAUUAAAGUGAGAUUGUGUUAACAACGUCAAUAGUUCCACUUGCACGCAAGUUUAUGGAGUUGGUGUUGUACAAUAUGCGUUGCUACUUGAAUCCAUAAAGUUUACAGCUAUAAACAAAAGUAGAUGUCCCAAAAACACCAAUCACACUGCAGAUCCCGCUGCAUUUAAAAGUAUUAAGAAUAUUAUUUACCCAAACUAACACAAAAUAUUUUGAAUGCUUUGCAAAACCAUAAAUAGAAAUGGUGCAUUCUAAUAAAAACUUGAACCUAAACAUAUGGGCCACAGACAUAUGGUAGGAUUUAGAGGAAAUGUUCUUCAAGUUCUUCCUCUGUAUCCCAGUCCUCGCCUGAUGAAGACUGACAUGCUGGCUGCAGUUUUACUUCUUCUUUUUCUUCUUCUUCUUCUUCUUCUUCUUCUUCUUCUUCCUUUUCUUUCUGUUUUUCUGUCUCUUGUCUUCCCUCAGGUUCUUUCUCUGUGUUCCAGUCCUUGCAUGAUAAGGACUGAGAUGCUUGCUUUCCUUCUUUCUGUUUCUCUGUUUCUUGUCUUCCCUCAGGUUCUUUCUCUGUGUUCCAGUCCUCGCCUGCUUGAAAUUUCUUCUUUUGUUUUUCUUUAUUUUCCUUUAGAGCAUUCUUCUUCCUCUUUCUUCGCAAUACUUUACUUUGGGUAAAACACCGUUUGAUCUGCUUGUGUAGCUGUUUCAACUGCCACUGAACUCAGUUCGGACGUUUGAACGUAUAGAUUACUUCAUGGGCAGCAGCGGGCGUGCGGUAUUUACGCACGAGUUGGUUCGCAUCAGAAAUUGAACGAGCAAGGCUUUGCGGUGAGAUCCAAAAGCGAGAGAGAUUUAUCUGACAUACAAUGCGAAAAAAAGUCCAUGUCUAACACUGCACGUGUUUAGGUGUCCUAUUACAUUAUGUACUAAACAUCUGUGACUGGACGAAACGCUUUUUUCACGUGUGUGAAAGUCGUUUCGCCAUUCUGAUUGGCUGCGAACCCUGAACAGGGUUUUCACACGCCAAAUUUCAAUAGAAAAUCUCAAUUAGUAUGAAAAAAAAUAUACUUAAAACAAACGUGUUCUGUUGGAACACUACAACAAAAAACAUUUGCGCGGUUGAAACAGUCUAGUAAAACAAGACCAAAAGAGGGCAUAGUCAUUUUGGAAAAAAAAAAUCGUGCAAGGGUUUGAAGGUUGAAAAAAAAAUCCUGCACUCCUGCUGGUUGUGAAAAAAAUAACAUGCCUUUCCAGAAAGUCCUACCCCCCCCUUCACAUUUCUAAUGGUGCAUCCCUUAAUGGUUUACUUUCAUUCCUUGGGGCAAUUUUUUUCUUUUAGUUGGUUUUUUUUGUAAGGUGGCAAAGAUAAAACCAAAACAAAGUAAAAAUUGCAUCCAGGAUAAAACUGGACCACAACCCCUACAACAAGAGUAGCCUCCCCACACUGACAUUCUUUUGGCUUACGACCCUCCAAGUUGCGGCCAUUUUGGUCGCCAUGGCUCCUAAAAUUUUGGAGGUGGCAACUUGAACUUAAAAAAAGUCUCCCUAAACCAAAAGAGUUGGUUGCCAAAUGGCGACCAAGCAAAAACUUUAACUUGGGGGGUUGGCUUAUCACAUCAUACAAUCCUCCCCAAUGUUUGUGGGGAAGCAAUGCUUGACAAAACCCUAGGAACAUUUGCAUAGGAUACUAGUACAACAGGUGCCUGUAAUGUUUUUCUACCAUGAACUUGGAUCUGUUUUCAGCGGAACACCUCUGUUCCUACUUCACUGAUGUUAGUUUUCACCGAGUAAAUGUAGAGAAUGGUCUAGAUGUUUCUACUAGCAGCAAUCAAAGACUGCUCAAAAGGGUUAGUUUAUAUUUUUUUCAUUUUUUUAUUAUAAAUUAAUUUUAUUAAUACCAAUACAAAUUGUAUUAAUUGCAAGCCUGCUCUGUUCUUCUCUCUUCUGUGACCCUGAUGGUGCUGCUUGAAAGUUUGAGAGCUCAUUAUACAUGUACAUGUACAGUCACUGAAAUGAGACGAACUGAGACUACAAGCUAACAGACAAUUUUACUUCUAAUUUGAUUUAAUUUAAUUUUAGUUUUUAUUUCUUCUUAUAAUAUUGUGUUUAACAAUUAUUGCAAAGUUUUUUAGCCUAAGUACAAUGUAAUUUUUUAUUAUAAUCAGUACAUAAAUUAUUUAUGUUUUAUAUUUUCUUAGCUCUUUGAUGCUUAUCUGCAAAUAACAGAUUUAACUUUCUUGUUUUAACACAAUCUGCAGUUUAGGUUACUGAAUGAAUUCCAACAUGAAGUGGCCUCUUUUUGGAUCAGAUAUCCAGAAUGGUGAGUUUAUUAUCAAGUUUUCUUUCAGUUGUAUAUAGAUUCUCAGGGUUGUCAGAAAGUUUUGAAGUAGAUGGCUGAGUUGUCAAAGAGGUGGCCAGCCCAGUGAUAUUUUAUUUGAGAAAUGCCAUCCGUAAAGAAAUGCCAAGCAGAGUAGCCGGCCAAUACUAAACAAAUAGGCGGCAAUUUUUGCCUGGCAGCUGUUUAACCCUUUAAGCCCCAGUUCCACAAAUCAUGCAAAUUGUCCGGACUUAUUGCCAUACAUCUCCUUAAAGAAGUAGUUGAGAGAAUUUGAUUUGAGAAUUUGAGAUCAAAUCAUCCUCGCUUUUGUGAUCAUCUUAUUAAUUCUCAUAACUGUUUUUCCUGGUGAUGUCUUCAUAAUGCUAGGAGAAAACUGGUGUUGGUCACUCUUGGGCCUUAACGGCUACUCCUCAUAGUGGCCAAAGAAAAACUCGCCAACAAAUUCAAAUUUCUUUUUUGUAAAAUUCCAAGAAAUAAAAUAGUACCAUGCAAAAGCUCUGUCAGUGAGGUUUGAUUUGAAUGGUAACACUUUAAGAUUUUGUCUAGAGAUUCAAAAGUUAGACCUUCACAGGUUUAGACAUUGAUUAGGCUUAUGAGGGCAACUAUCUCUGAUUGAUGAUGACCAUUUGAACCUAAUUAUAUUCUUGAAAACUAAUAUCACGGUGUUACCUUUCCUUUUAAAUUUUUUCCAUAACUAUACUGCUGUUUAAGUUGUAGCUCAGUGUUGUAAAAGUUUAAUAAACACCUCUUUAAAAUAUAGAUAUAAAUAAGUAAUUGCAGUCAAACCAGGUCAAGCGUUCCCGUCGCUAACGAACUAAUGAAUUCAUUCACGGAAAAAUGAUUUCGUUUGUUGAUUCAAUAAUCCAUUCAUAAAAUGAAUAAUCCAAAGGUCAAAUUGUGCCUCGAUUCAAUAAUCAAAUGUUGAUUUGGUUUAUGAACAAAAUCUACCUGUUCUUUAUUCUUGUCUGUUGUGUUCAAUCGUAUUUGCUUCCCUUUUCCUGCCGUUUACGAUUGCGUUUUUCAUUGCCUUUAAUCAAAAUAACAGCUAGAAUAGACAGACCGCAAACGCAAAGAAACUGACAAAGGCCGAGGAUCGAAAUCCACCAAUCACCGCACAUACACUGACCUCAGUUUGACCGUCGUGUUUUCUAAGAGGUCAGGCCUAGGUCUGUUGCAGUGAUUAUUGGCAGCAAACUGGCGUACAUGUAACAGUUUGUUUGGGUUUGAACUUCAGAACUCGCCAGCACUCGACUCUCAGAAAAAAAAAGAGGAAAAAACGAAAUUCUGAGGUUAACUUGUGGAGAGUGUAAUUUUUCAAAAAACAGUAAUCGAAUCGACAUUCGAUUAUGGAAUCGAGGCUAAGUAUGACUAUUGGAUUAUUCAUUUUAUGAAUGGAUUAUUGAAUCAACAAACGAAAUCAUUUUUCCAUUAAUGAAUUCAUUAGUUUGUUAGCGACGGGAACGCUUGACCUGGUUUGACUGUAAAUAAACAAACAAAUAAAAACUGCCUUUUUUCCAAUAAACAGCUUGAUAUAUGCAUUGCUCUCUGCAGUACUAUCAGUAACUUAUAGUUCCAUGUUGAUCCUUAUUCUUCUUCAGGUUUCUUGAGUCUGUCCUGGACAGUACAUUUAAUCUUUUCUCUUCAAGCUCUGUGGCUGGAUUUGGCUCCUCAGACCUGCAGUAUAUGACACCACUUCAUUUUCUAGCCCUCGUUGACCCAAAGGCAACCUGGUUUAAAAAGUGGAUGGUAAGACAUCAUUUUAAUUGUUAUCAUAUUUAAAUUGAUAAUUUUUAAGAAAUUUAAGUUAACAAUUCUUUUUUUUUUGCUUGGUUUCCACUUAGCACAAUGGUUUGUAAUUUCAUUUGUAUCAUGAUAUUAUUUAUUGGUAGUGACUUGUCAUAAUCAAGAACAGUCAACUCAUUCUGAUCUAGUGCUCACAUUCACCUGUGACCAGUGUAGUGUGUUGUCUUGGCAUACAGCAUGGGAAAAAAGAAAUGUUUCAACAUAUUCCUUCCAUGAUAAGUACUGCAAGAUAUAUUCAAUAGUCACUUUUAAAAAAAUGAUCAUUCUUUUUGAAACAAUACAUGUAUUAUUGUUUUUAAUUAUUCAUAGCAUGGUAAUUACAGUAGGACAGUUGCAAUCAAAGAACUGAAAAAGCAUAGCUCUUUGGUAAGUUUGCUGUGUGUGUGUGUGUUUAAUAGUUUUAGUCUUCAGUGCAUGGUUUGUCAUGAGUAAUGAAGAAAUGUCACAUAAAAUUUUCUCCGUCAACUUGUUCCUGCAGGGUUGUCACUAAGUGCCCGCCAGGGACUGGGUAUAUUCACCAGCUUGAAUCAUGAAAUGACCCCCUGGCUACUUUCAUGGGAAACAAAAAGAAAAAUGAAACCAGAAAAACUUUCCAACUGUUCAAGUCUGUGUGUUCUAAUUGCAUACCUGACAAUUUGAAAUCUUAGUGGCAGCCCUGUUGCUCUGAGAAACUCUCCACAGCCUGUCCAAUGUACAGGGUCAAACUCCUCAGUUUAAGUUGUGUUACCAAACCAAACCAAACCAGCUUGUGUUAUCUAGAGAGGGUGACCCCUGACAGUUUAAAGAACAGUACUGAUACAUUGUAAGUCUGUGGCCUUCCUACGUAGUGUCCCUUCCCAAUGGAGGCACUUCCCAGAUCAAAUUGGAAAUUGGGCAUUUUGGUUUAUGAAGGAAGGGGAACACAAAAUUACCUGAAGAAAACCUUUCGAAGCAAAGAAAAGGACCAACAAAAAUGUCAACUCACUCAGGACUCAAACCUGAGCCAAAUUAGUGGAAGGCAAUUGCUCCCACCACUGUGCUAUUCUGGCUUGCUUCUCCAAAUAUUUUUUAAAUGGAUAACUCGCUAGUGAGAAUUCUUACUUGUUACUGUAUGUUUAAAUAGAUUCUGUCCUUGCAGUGUGUUUGUGGACCACUUAAGGUUGAUUCUGUCCUUAUUUGUGGGUCACAGUGUUAACAACUGGGUCAUUACCCUGGCUGAUAAACAUGAUGUACUUUGUAAUUUUUAUGAAGUAUUUUGCCAUUUGUUUUAGAACCCACUCUGUUAUUAUCAUGACCUGAUUUUGUCCAUGUUGCAGUUAGUUGAUGCUAUCCGUCAUUGUAUUGACUUCUCUACAACGUGUAAAACCCUUCAGUCCUUGGAACUGUUAGAGCUUGAAGAAGAUCAAAGAGGUAAGUCAUCAACCUCAAGUUGUUAAAAUAAUAUUCUCUGCCCCUUCUACAAAACCUUUAUAUUGACUUCCUUUGACUACUGCAAGGUUACAAAGUAGGUCAACUGGUAGAGCAAUGGUCUGCAAAGUGAGAGGUCAUUAGUUUGAUUCCUCAAUACUCAAGGUUGUAAAUUUAAAAAGGGAGAUGGUAAUGCCUUUGCCUCACAAACCUACGGAUGGCUCAGAUGGCCGUGUAGAAUUAUUAGCAGUCCCAUCUCCAGUAAUGAUUAUGAAUGUGCAUGUAAUAACAGUGUCCUUCAUACACUGUCAGAAGUUCUUUCACUGUACCUAGUGCAUUUGUGACACUUCAUGACAGAGGUAAACAGACCAGUUUCUCCCCUUCUUAGGUGCCUAUUCCUCUAUACAUGUAAUACAAUAAAAAUAUUGAAUUUCUAUAUUUUCUAGUGCAUAUGAUUUCUUGGAAAUUGAUCUGAUGUAAACCUACUCACUUUAGCUCCCCUGUUUAUCCACCACAAAUAGCUUGGAACAAUGUGGUUUCCAAAAUCUAGUUAGCUUAAACCCUGUACCAUCCCGCCUCUUUCUUUCAUUAAGUGAAUGGGGAAUGAAGAUUAUGUGGAAUAUUAUUCAUUGUAUGCCUUUUUUUGUUCAUGCUAAGCCGAUCUGCUUUCAGCUGUGGGCAAUGAUGGGUUGUUUUACACUUCCCAAGACUUGGAAUAUAUUUAUUUUGUUCAUUCGCUUUGCCUGCUUGGCAGAGUGCUUCUAUACAGUGGUGGAAGAGACUUAUUUCCCGUUGUGCUUCCAGACACUGAAGGUAACUUUCCAUUGUCUUGUAAAUCAAACUUAAAAGAUAAACUCUUUUUUGAUAAACCUGCAAAAUUUUAUUGGGUUAUGUGCUAUCUUAAGAGAACAAUUUACAGACAUUUAAGACAUGAAAGAUCUUUCAAAAGUCAGCGUCAAACCACAAACGACUGAGAGUUGAUUGUUGUUUGUAUUUCAGAAACCGUCACCAUUUCUAGUUUACUGGUCGCGUUAAUCCGGAUUAUGUGCACAGCUUUGCCUAGAUCUGGUACCAAACCUGUUUUAGACGGUAAGAAUUUGCUGGAUUUUCCAAUUUGCUCAAGUUAAGGAAGCUAGUCUCUGAUUUUUGUUGAGAUUUGAGUGCACUAGUGAGCAUAACAUGCACAACACAAAGUUUGUGAGAUGGGGCAAUAGUGGCCAUUUCCUUCUCUUGUGUAUUUAACUCAACCAGCCAAGACAAUAGCCAUCCUACGAAGACGUUCUUAGGGGUUUGUCACGGGUUCCUGCUCUACAAAGUGGGGAGGAUUGCGUGACGAGCUACCAAGACAACUAAGAGCAGGGCUGUCAACUCUCCCGGGUAAUCCGGGAGACUCCAGAUUUUGAACCGUUUCUCACUGUCUCCAGAUUAGAGUCUGAAAUCUCCACGAUAAACGCCAAAGUUAGCCAUUUCUUGUAGAAUCGACUUUCUGACAAUAUAACUUCAAGUACAGUGCGUUGUUUGAGCUAUUUUACUGUUAAUAUCGAACGUUUCCUCACAAACUCCGGUAUGACAUUGUAAUAUAAGCAAUAAUGUUAUUGGUGUGAAAUGAGCCAAUUAGGUCAAAUGUUACAAUUCCACAACAUCUUUUUCGCGCGUAUUUUUCACAAAUGACGUCAUGUGACAUGUGCAUUAUGACGUCAUCUAUCAUCCCUCCCCCAUCAAUUCUCAAUAGGGAGCUUAAGCAACGACGACGCAGACGGCAACGACAACCGGCCAAAAGCAAUAGGUUUGAUUAACAAAAAUAACAACUUUGCAGGUGAAAGUGCCUGAAUUCACGUUUUGUCGAGGCCGGGAACACAAGACAACAACUUUCUGUUCUUUUCCUGAACUUUGAUACAGUCCUUAAGAAUUCAACUCCAAAAACAGUUGAAGGUCUUCUGGUAAACCUUUUUUCGGUCACUCUCUCUCUCUCUCUCUCCACCUGUGUACUAGAGAACGAGUACGAGUACGAGAUUUAACUUAAAGUUUUUGUGCGUGUUCUAAAACAAGACACCCCGGAAAGCUUCAUUUUACUUUUUUUCACCAAAAAAGUUUGUACUCUUUUUUAUACUGAAGGAGGUUAAGCCCUCUCUCGAUAGCAAAAUGAUAAAAUUUCUUACAUUUGAUAACUUGUUCUCGCCACUACGACAAAUUCGCCCUAAAACACGUAGUUGAAUGACGACGGCUACCACGUUUUCCCGCCAAAAUGACGCUUAUUUAUGCGGGCGCACUUCUUAGUAGUCUAUUGAGAAAAUCUCGUACUCGUACUGUAGUCGGCCCUGUCGCAGAAUCUAAAGCUCUCUACUGGUAAACUGAUGUGUACAGUAAAUUUAAAACACAACAAAGGGUUGCAAACUAUGGACUGGUGGCCAGUGUUAUAACUAACUAAAUUUCAACCCUGCUCACCAUAGUGCCUCCAGUAGCUCAGUAAUUAGACCAUCCGAUCUAGAACUCAGAGGGUCCUGAUUUCGAAUCUCAUCUCUCGAAAUCUUUCCGAGCCUUCUGACGUUGAUUUUAAAAUUGCUUUGUUGUACUGUACCUAAAGUCCUUUUUUCUUUAUAUUAUUUUAACAGCAGAAUUCCACCCGGGCUAUUUAGUUUGUGAUGUUCUUAAAGAGAUUGCUUCCUGCACAACCUCCUGUAAAGAAUGCCUCUGUAAGGUUAGUGGGUAUUUUAUUCUUACAUGUCCUAUAUCUUAUUGGUCAUUUUGAAGUUGCCUAUGAGACUGGGUUAGUUCUGUGACAAAUUGCACCACGUUUUCGUGAUGCUAUUGGCCAAAUCGGAAAAUACCUUAUUUAAAUUUCUGUUUGGAUGGUGCUUUAAGUAAACACUGCUUUGCAAACACUUUUGUUCUCUGCACGAUUUGUACUUUCAAUGCAUCAGCUCUUCGUAAGUUUGCAUGCACCAGACGUGUAGUUCGUGGCAAAAAACAAAAUAACAAUCCAAUAAUAUACUGCAAAAGUAAGGUUUACAUGAAACACCACCGAAAUGGUAGUUUUAGGGUCUCUUUCGUUUUGGCCAAUUGCUAACUCGUCCUCAGUCUAUUUAGAUGCGAAAAUCGCUGGCAUAGCACGUGGAGGAAGGGAGGCGAGAAGCGAGACCGUAGGGGUUUCCUCGUUACCAUCACUUCUCACGCUCCCGGUGCUUACUGCACUUCUUUAUAAACAGGGAGUUUAAGAUGCCACGACAGCGACGGCAACGAGAACGUCAAAAAAGCAAUAGGUUGAAUAGGCAAAACAACGACUCUGCAUCGCUCAUUUUUUGUAUAUUUCUUUACCGUCACUGUACCACUACGACGUGAAAAAGCCUCAUUUCACGUUUUAUGGAGGAUGUUAACAAGUCACGACGAAAUUUCCUUUCUUUCUCUGAACGAGGAUAUAGUUGUUAGCAAAUCGGCUCCAGGAGAGUUCGGUUGCAUUUGACAAAGUAAUUGAAUUGGGAUUGAUAGAGAUUGAAAGAAGGCAUGCAAAUUCGCUUUUUAUGCGACAUUUUCGUGCCCUUCGCCGUCGUGUUAUCUUAAACUCCUAAUAAUGAACCUACGAAACACGGCAAACCUAAGUUCUCUGCAUUUGACGUCCAUGAAACAGUACUCUUCAAAAUGAUGGCAACAUUUUUCAUGGAAAUCGUGCUUGUUUUUCAGGAUUCCAUCACAACCAGUCUUCUAUCUCCAGUGCAGUCAUGGCUUGAUGUAAGUAGUCUUGUAUAGUGUAACGCAGCAGGCAAGAAUUUUAGCAUCAAUAGGGAGUAUGACUAUGAGCUUUAGAAGCAAGUGUAACUGAUACACAAUUGCGUAGUUUACGUAUUUUAGUUCACGCGCAGUAUAAUGAUGUUUCACCUGUUAAAAACCAACCAAAAAUCAACGUGUUAUGUUUGAAAGGUAGGUUUGGCUUGCAGGAAUUAAGAAGAUGUUAACAGAUUCCUACACAUAUUUAGAUGUUUUCACAAUUGUCGCGAUAUUAUUAUCGUAACUUCGUACGGCCCAUGUACGAUACACGUUUAGCUACCCGGACGUAGCGACCUCCUGAAAGUAGCGACCGUCCGAAAAUAGCGACAGGAAAAGGCUGCUAAAUCCGAAAGUAACGAGGAUCGUUACUUUGGGAUCUUUACGGUACUAAGAGAAGGCAAACAAAGGGAAUUAGCGCUUUAAAUGAUGUGAACUCUGUUUGUCUUGUCUCAGUGCGUCUCUUACGCGUGAGUGACUAGCUGCAAAGGAGCUAGUGUUUUUCCUUUGUGUGAUCAUAUCCGUAAUUCUCAUCAUCUUUCUGAAUGAUUAAGCAAUGAUAUUUGGAGGAGAAAUUUUAUGUUGAUUACUUAAUAAUUUACAGGGAGUAGAGAGCUGUGACAGUGCAGGAGCUGAGAAUACCCUGUUGUUAGUAGCUGAUGUUUUAGCCACCCUGGCUGUAUCAGAGAAUGGACGGAAACAGCUGCUUUAUGGAGAGACCCAGGAUAGAUGGCAAAGAAGCAGGUAUGGCUGAACAGUUUCUUAAAAGGAGCUAUGUUGGUAACUUGUGUUUUCAUCUUCAUAUGUACGUCAGGCCUCGUUGUAAGCCUAUAACAUGGGCGCACUGCUGUCAAGAUGGCCUUAUCCUGUUUAUAGACCCUCUAACUUCUCUUUAGGGAUCGUUUAGCGCGCGUAAAGACAUAAACCCGCGUGGGAUUUAUUGACCACUGGCGCAAACAGGCUAAAAUGACUUACUUCCCUUUUGGCUACAUCUUUCUUGGAAAAGCAAAUACUCUCAUUUUUUAAAUCGAGGGCAAGUGUAGUUUUCAUUUUGAAUAACAACCGCUUCUUUGUCGAUAAUAAGUUUGUGUAUAAAUUUGGGUCGAAUCAUUUACCUAACAGAUUCAGGGUGACAAACUCGAAACUCAUUUUGUAAAAUUCCCUGCUGUUUGUAUUAGACCAAUUGAUAGUCUUCUGUUAUUCUUGAAGGUGGUAUUAUACCCCCCCAGAAUUGUUUUUGUGUGGAUUAUUUUCUAAGCGUUCCCUCUUUUCUCCACAAUUCAGGUUUUCUUCUGCUCAUACCAUAGCUCAGUUUGCCAAAAAAGCAUUAUCCGACAGACUUCCAGGAGGAACUCCUUCAAAAGCAGUUAUAUCAGGUUUUGUGUUUGUUUGUCGACAACUGUACAACACUUGUGAUGGACUCAUGGUACUUAAUCCUUAUGAGCUACACCAGUUUGUGGCCAACGCCUGGAUUAAGGUAAGUGUUUGGUGUCUUCAGUUCAGUUACUUAUUUUGCCACAGUAAAAUACAUAGUAUUUAAAUAAAUACCUGAAUGGUUAAACUGGCAAGGGAGCCAAGAAGAAACCAAGAGAUGAUGAGUCUCUCACCAUCAUCCCCAGUUAAGUUUCCAUAGAGAAAUCUCACAUUUCAGGCACUAAAUAUGAUAAGAGGCUGUAUAUAAAUAGUCACCAAGCAAGGUUUUCUUGGAGUUGAAGCUACGUGGCAACAAACGCAUAUUUUUGAUCGAAAGCUAUUUAAGGCAAGUGAAACCAAGGCUGUGCUCUAAGAAGAAAUAAAAGUCACUCACUCAUCAGUUAUCAUUGGUUAACGUAGGUGUAUGAAUCAGCGUCUUCUGCUGAUGAAGUACUGGCGCCCGACGAAACGUCACCAGAAGAACAAGAAGAGCUGUAAGUAAAGUCAGUUAGCUCGUUUCUUAACAUACUUAUCAUAGUAGACCAUUUCACGAUUGCUUUCAUGACUGCAUGGACUACAUGUGGCUAGCGAAAAUCCGUCGACGUCGCUUUUGAUAAAGAGCGCCCUAAGAUUAAUGAACGUUCUUUCAAGUUAAUACGGUAUUCUUGUAAGUGCGAGCUCAACUAAACAGCAUUAAUGUUAUUUUUCACUUAGGUUUGUUUGGGAAAGUUCGCUGAUUGACAACUUGCUGAAUUUUGCCGGCACUCCCAAAGGAUUAUUGCUUCUGCAACAGACGGGAAAGAUGAAUGAAUGCGUUGCGUACAUGAAUGAGAGAUACAACAAGAAAUUACAAGUACCGAAAAAUAGCCGUUUUCCUCUUAAAACUGUUCUAUAUUCAUCACUUAUCGUACCAGUUAGAAUAAUUUGUUCAAGAAAACACACAUUGUGUCUCUGACGAUUAUUUCACUUACCGCGUACGAUAGCCCACAGUACCGACAUAGUAUGAGCGAGUUUUGUCCCGACGUUGGAAGCUUCGUAGAGGUCUGAUCAUGUUAAUUGUUUUGUAGGUUAGCAAGUGUGAAAAGUUUGGUUAUGGAGUAAUGGUGACACAGAUUGCUGCUACUGCUCCAGGAAUGGUGGCACUGGAAAAUAGAGGUGGGAAGAGAACUCAGUAUAUUGUCGAAACGUCACGAUCUAAAUCUCAAGUGACUACAUUUUGAGACAAAAGAUAACUUAACAGUGGUUUCAGGGGAAGGGAAAACUGAGGUUGAUAUCCUGAAGAGGUGGUCACUUGCGAGGCGCUUUCCCAAGUUGAGGCUGGAUUGCAGUUCGAUUUUUUGGCACCCCGUGAACUUUGUUCCGCAAUUCUUUCUCCUUAAAGAGAGGUGUAGCCUGCGAACCGCAGACUUAUCUCCGGUCGUCGCUCCGAAAAAACCGGAUGCUCUCGCAGGCUUAGAGAGGUGAGGCUAAGGCCCAGUUCAUCCUUCGAAUUUCAUUUACCAAACCUUUUCCUUUCAAUUAAUACAUGAAAAGACCGACGUUUAAAUCAAGAGUCCGACAUAUCUAAUGUGGGUCGACCCAUGAAUUAAGUUCGAGUGGCCCACGUGGGAAUAAUCGACUAUAGAGGGACUUCGUUUCAAACGUCGAACGUUUCAUUUGCCAAAUGUAACGCAUAAAUUACAAUAUUUAUUUUAAUUGGUAAGCAUUGUACAUCACCGUAUAUCGUGAAAAUGAAUUGAAUCCGGCUAAUAAACUUCGACGUUUGAGUCAACCGUCAAACUUAUAUCAUUUGGGCCGACCCAAAUAGAUAUUACGUUUGGUACAUGAACAGUUCACUCAGGGGCACCCAACGACAAUUUUCGGAAAAAUAUCUGUUCGGAAGACGAUUUGAGAUCUAGAAUUUUCGGAACAUUUGUUGUAAAAUUUCUUGCUUUCCUGCAUCUCCUAGGAUUUUCGGACAUCUAAAAAAUGGUAUAAUUGCCUAUUUUUAACGGAUUUUUACCCUAAAAAGGUCACCUAGAAUUUUCGGGAGCCUUUUUUCUGGCUAAAAUUUUCGAAAAGGUAAGUUUUGAUCCCUAUAAUUUUCGGAUCACUAGACUUUCAGCUAGGAAAUCCGAACAGAUGAAAAAUUUUUAGGGGAUAAAAAUAUGCCUAUAUCUACCGUUUAAAUACUAAAAUACGUUAAACAAUUCUAUGUUUAAGUGGUUUUGAACUAUAUUCUCGUUGGGUGCCCCUGUUCACUCUUUGAAUUGAGCCUAACCCUGCUAUCGCGUCCCCUUUUGCGUGUCGCACUCGCAUGGCAUGACUUCUCGCGACUCCUCCAAGUGGAGAGCUUGCUUGCGGGCUACGAUAGAAAUGCAGAGGAAACAUUCAUGACCACAUGUUGUAUCGUUUGUCUCUGUAGGUUUUCUAAAGCGGUUGGUUAGUGACAUUUGGACAGUAUUUGAAGGUGGUCAGGACAGGAGACCCGCUCCUCCCAGAAUUAAACACGUGGACAGCAUCGAUAGCAGAAGUUACAACAAGGUUUGCUGAAUGCUUUCCUCUUACUGAUUACUCCCAGUAGGCGAAAUUGAUGGGACAUACCGAUUGUCUAUUAACAAGCCUUUUCAAUUUCAAAAAUAUCAGAAACUUCAAACAAAGACAAACAAACUUUACUUGAGCUAGACUCAUUUAUGAUGAAAACUCAAAACAAGGGAAAUAAAAAUCGAACUGUAUUUUCUUAAAAUAUAGAACCAAAAUCCAAUUAUAUUACCUUAUCUUCGUGACUCUAACAUGCCCUGAUAUAUGACAAAAAGGUUUUUUCAUAAACAUCUUAUUGAACUUAUUAUCCCCAUUUGCAUAGUUUGAAUUGUUUGUUAGUCCGGUAAACUGUAUGUUAUCGUCUUCCAGUCUCUGAACAAUCUCUUGAGCGUAUUGUCAGCAUUCCCGGCGGUGUAUGAAGUCCUGGGCGAUGUUUACCGCCCUUCGACAUCUGGUUCGGAAAUGGAGGAGACCAUUACAAGCAGAGAGGCAUACUGUCCACCUAUCUGUAUUAUGGUGAGUGAAGCUGCUUGGUAACUAUUACCUAAGAGUUCAGCACAUUUUUGACCUUUCUCUGGAGAAAACUGGAAACAAACUGAACUAUUCAAAAGCAGUAACCGGAAGUUGUCCUUUGAGAAGUAAACUUAAAGUUACCCGUAGGCUAGGAUAUCCUUUACCUAUUACAAGAAUCAAGAUUAUUGCUGGCAUAGAAGAGUGGAAAAAAAAAAACAGUCUUAUGUUCCCACAAAUCAGGGGCACCCAAUGGAUUUGUUCCUCAAAAUAUCUGUUCUUCAUGCAAAUUUUUGCUGGCUGGGAGAUGUGGAAGAAAUAAUAGUCCUUGGAGGGAAAGUGUUGCUGGGAAAAAGAUAAUUCAGGAUGUCAGAGGGGAUUUGAAGUCUAGAAUAGCUGCUACGGGUUACUUGUAAGGGUUAAAACCACUCAAGAUCUGAAUUGUGCCCUAUGAAACUUCCCAAAGAAAAGGUUGUGUUUUGCUGGCUGGGAACUCUUCCAUCAGUCUUGCUGGGAGUGAGGAACAGAUAAUUUUUUUCCAGCAAUCUCCCAAAAUGCUUAAAAUAGUCUCAGAAAACUUUAUUCACGCUUUGUUGUUGCUUUUAGGUCUUUUUCUCAAAAUUUCCCGUUGGGUGCCCCUGACAAAUAACGAUGAUGACGGUAACAAUGAUCAUAAUGUUGGCGGUGGUGAUGUGGCAAUGCCAAUGCAUUGUCUGACAAAAACCUUUUUGGUAACUAACACCUCUUUUUUUCGCCUGUAGGAUUUUGUUGAUCGCUUUAUCAUGAUUGAUUCGGAGGAAAAGAUUCAUUCUCUUUUCAACUUUGAACAGUCACAUCACUUUGGGCUCAGGUAAAUAAGCUAAAAAGAAAUUAUAGUCGAUCACAGAAACCACGCUAAUUUACAGGGAAUGGCUUCUUUCGCCAAAUGUAUUGUCACAUAGAUGCUUUGUUGAAUUUAAAAGCAUAGGCUCCGGUUUUCGUGCAUGCUAUGUUGCAAUUUACCAAUGAAGAACAUAUGAAAAUCAUAUCACACCGGAAACAGCUUUUGUUCCAUGAGCCAGGCAGUAGUGUGCAGGCUCCAAGUGUGAACAGAGCCUAAAAUACUUGACCGGGAAGCGCAGAGGUGGCUACCGGGUGAAACUUUCGUGGCUCUGGAAAAAAAAAUUGCUUUAUAAGACCUCAUUUCCAAAGAGCAAAUUUAACGAGUGAUUGUUUCCUGUACGUAGUUUGAAUCGACAUCCUUUUUAUUGUUAUUUUUGUGUCCUUCUUUAUUACGCAGAGUGUUAAACGUUCUCUGUUCUUGUCUGGACACGUUUCUUUUUCUGGAAUGCCGCUAUCGCUUUCAAGAGCUUCUCCUACAAUCUCAACUGGACAACAGAUUAGACAAUGGGUGAGGGACCGAUUAUUAAGAAAUCAUUCUGCAGUUUGUUUAGAACUCUUUUCCCCACUAGUUUUUAUUCGUGACGAGAGUACCCUUGUAAACCCUGAAAGCGUGGCUGUUUUGUAUUUGUUUCCUUAGAGUAAAGGUGUGAAUUUUGCUCUAUUUCCUAUCGAUUAUUCCAUUCAAUGUUAGUUCGUUACACCUAUGACUUUUUGACGCUGUCAAUUACAUCGUUUAUUUUUCUUGUUCCUGGUAAUAGACAUUGUUUUUAUAUCAUCGACAUGAUAUAAAGAAACCAAAUCCUUAUAUCAUCGAUCUUGUUGGGGGUACAUCUGUUCCUGGCAGGAAAGAAACCAAAAAUCCUUGUCAAAACCUCUCUUUUUGGGCCUGUUUACAUGGGGUACCCCAGAUAGAGGUAACAUGUUCCUCACGCCACCUAUCUCUUAACGUGAUCAAAUUAAAAUGAGAGAUUAUGUCGACAGGCGGGUUAUCUUUCAUUACCUACCUAGCAGUCCCCCUAUUUUCCCUUAGUCGUUUCUUCUGUCUCUGGCUUUCUUGUUCUUUGUUAUUGUUGCUAUUUUGUUUUUUUUUCAGUUCUUGUUCAUUCUUUCGUGUUUUUGUUUUUCUUUUCAACCAUCUUUCCCUUUUCUUUUCUCCCAACAGACAUUCGUAUAUACUCCUACCGUAUCUAAAACUCUCUUCCCCUUUUUUCAACGGCUCACUCUAUUCGUCUUUUCAUUGCGUGUGACGUGUUAAAUCUUAUACCCUCUCCGUUAAUUAUUUCAAUUAAUUUUGUUGCAGGAUGUUGAUAAUCCGUAUCCGUGGCCUCUGUUUUCCUCGUAUCCUCCACCAAAGGAUUAUCUUCCAGUCGAGCAGAUUCCCAAGAUAACAGCAUUUGAAGAAGGUACACGCGAAAGAAAAUUUUUAUGUUCUUUGAGGCCAAAUUUUCAAAGCAUAUUACCAUGGGCUACUUUAAAGAUUGCUUUCCUUUUACUGUUCAAGAAAUCAUGGCAAAUCUCUCUGUAAUAGUUGCUCGUUAAUGCUCGGAAAUGUUCGGAUAGUUAUCGAGUGGUUCGUUGCAUUCGGAAGCCUUUUGAAUGAUUAACUCGGAUUGACCCGACUGUUGCUAUAACACCCUAGUGAAUGCAUUGGCCACUAAUAGUUUGCCAAAUAUUUCAUUACAGGUGACUGUCUUUUGGAGUUCUUGGAGAGUUCUCAACCAAUGUCAGCUGACAGGUAACGUGAACAGUUGUUUUUUCUCGCAUAGCAUUGAUGGCUGUUUCUACUUGCAAAAGUGCCUAAAGUCUUAAUUUCUUGAACAUUCCCGAACAUGCAUUUUUUAAUUCUCGAUUAAAAAAAAUAUUACCAUGCAGACGUAAUUUCGACAAAUAGGUUUCAUUUGAAUGAUUCCUCAAUAGGAUGCUACGCACAGCGUUUAGAAAACGUUUUUUCUGAGCAAAAUUCUCUUCAUUUUGUUCUUAUAGUUUGAAGUGGCUUCAAGACUGUCGGAAGACGUUUUGCGAGUCUCUGACAUCAGGGAAAACUAAGCCACGAGGAAAAGGUUUGUUUUGGUUUUCGUUUAAUGAUACAACGGUCAGACAAAACAACUUGCGUUCUAAUAUUUUUUUCUUUGACAGUGUUGAAGUUGUUGCUCGAGAAGGUUUGCACAGCAAUGACAAACAUUCCAGAAGAGGCCAUAUUCCCUUUGAUUGACUUUUCAGGUAUACUAAGCAAAUAAUAGAGAGCUUUAGAUUUGAGGACGCGCACGAGUACGAGUAUGAAAUUUAACUUUUUAAAGUUUUUACGCGCUUUUUCUCAAGAAAGUAAAAGACUUCUCGGAAAGCUUCAUUUUACUUUUUUUUACCAAAUCAGUUCGUACGGUUAUUUAUACUGAAGGAGGUUAAGCCUCUACCGAUGGUAAAAAAAAACUUCUUACAUUUGAUAACUUGUUCCCGCCACUACGACAUUCUCGCUAAAACUGGUAGUAGAAUGACGACGGUUAUCACGUUUUCCCGCCAAAAUGACGCUGGUUCACGGGUGACGAAUACUCAGUAUUGAGAAAAUCUCGUAUUCGUAGUCUUCCUCAUCUCAGAAUCUAAAGCUCUCUACUUGUCUUUACUACCACUUUCUUAACAUAUCAGAAGCAAAGAUCAAGACCAGUCGGCGCGAAGAGUCGUUGUGUUAAGUUAAUCGAUUUAUUUUGCAUUUUGCAGCAAGCGAAACCAGCCUGAAGAACAUGGAGCUAUCUGAAAUAGAGAGCCUGGGCACUAAACUAGCGGUGCGGUACGGAGUUCAACUAAAGCUUCUCCAGUCCACCACGGACGGCGUGGAAGACCUGACGUACUUACUGAAAAACUGCAAGUUUCUUCUUCAAGGUCAACAACGGGCUACGGACGCCACUUUACGUAUCCUAAUUGUAACAUAAAUCAUGACCACUGGCCGAGCUAUCGUUUAUUGAAAAAAUGAAUCAUUGUUUUGAUGACAUCGAUGAUAGCAUUUAAUGAAAUUGCAAAGUAUGGGAAGAAAAAAACUAUUGUAUGCUUAAGCCUGGUUCUCUUAUGCCACCGGUGUACCUACGACUUAGCCGUCAGAUUGCCUGCGACACUGCUCAGACAUAUAAGAAUAUCACAGGUCUUUGUCGCUGGUGUGCUUGCGAAGCUGAACUCGAAUAUACUUCGCAGGCAUACCAGCGACAAAUCUGGCUUGACCUCUGUUGUCGGCACCUUCUUCUGUUCUCAUACGGGAACAGUAUUCCAGGCAGUACCGGCAGCUAUGUCGUAGGUAGCUUGCGCGGCAAAUGAGAACCAGGCUUAAUUUCGGUUUGUGAUGGUUUCUUCCUCUCUUGACUUACUUCAACCUUUUAACGGUUAACCUAAGUUUAACGGUCUUUUGGCCUUUCCCCAAGGACGACUGGGCCCGGUUCCUCAAAAGAUGGUUAUUAGUUUAACCCAAGAUUAAGCCAAAUUUUAAGCACGGUCUUCUUGUCUAAGAAAAGUUUAAAAACGUGUUAACUCAAGCUUACUCUGAGAUACAGUUAUGUUAAAACCACAUAUUACUUUAAACACUGCAUAGGAAGGUAAAUACAAAAAGUGGAACAAAUUAUAAUCCUGAAUUAGCGUUAAUCGGCCUUUCAGGAACCGGUCCCAGUUAAAUACCAAUUUAUUGUCAAUUUAACUUAAAACACAUUUUAUCCAUCUUUAAUAUGGCUAUUCCUUGACUCCUUUCUUUCUAUUUUCUGUCCUGCUGCACCAGGCACGCUAAGUGGUGACUAUGUCGGCCAUGACUGGUUUGUUUCCACAGUUUUUCUUAUGAUGUACGGUGAUCCUGAUCUCUCAUGGGAAUUCCUUUUUAAGUUCUCUAGUCUCGUCAGUUCUGGUUAUCUCUGGGUCCGCAGGCUUCACGCUUCGGUAAUGUAACUUUUUUGAAUAUAACACUCUAUUGCGGUUUUCGCGCCCAUUGCAGAUUCUCUGCCGUUUUAAAAGAGAUUUGAGUCACGUUUAUGGAAAACGGCAAACGCCAGAUUCGGUUCUCAAACGUGGAAAUUUUUAAAGAAAAACUCUUCAAAAUAACUGCGUAGAUAUGAAGAACAUUAAACGAUGAAUAAGGAACACUUGGUCGCCUGGUACAAACUGCAUGAUGUAUGUCGUUUGCCGCAAACGUGAUUCUAAAUAUCUCUACUAAAUAACAUUUUAGUGGUUAGUAGUAGUGGUUCUUUUUCUCCAUUCCAGUUUAAGGUGUUUCGAUACAGUUUCUCGGAGACCAUACCGAUGUUUUUCAAUCGCCUUAAGAGAGAUGUUAUCCUUGUCCGAUCGCCACAAAAUUUUCACCAGUGAUUAACUCUGAAUUAAAGUUUGUCAAAAUGCAGUUUUUAGUAAAAUCGAGAUCACUAUUACAACAAUAAAUAAAAAACUCUAAAAUCGAUUAAAUCCGAAUUUCGCGCGAUCUAGACCUGCUACUGAAAAAAAUGGUGUUUGGCAAAUAACCUCUGAGAGAAGGAAAAAAUUCUGUAUAUUUGAAUUCAAGUAAAACUUAAAUAUAUUUCAAACCUUAAAUUUUCAAUAGCCGUAACAAAUUGUGUAAUAAAAAAGUUCUAAAUAACUCAAAUUAAUCUUAAGUAGCGUCAGAAGGCUGCUUAAUAUCAUAUUUCGAUGCAUGGAAAUUUUGGUGUAUUUCCUUUCUUGCGAUCCUGAAAACCAACCUGUUUUCUUACCCACUGUCUAAGUGCAACUUUAUUCUGAAUUUUGACUUUUAGCGCUUUUCUGUAUUAUCUCUAAAACGGCUCUACAGAACUCUUUUUAAACCUCAUCACACAAUCUCCAUGAUCUAUAAAUUAAUGUGUGAAGCAUUGACUGGGAUUGAUUCACUUCGACACCUUGAAAUUUCAAGACGAAUGUAGCCUACGAACCGACCAAAAAUCCGCGUUACGGCAUCCACUGUUUUGACGUUAUGCUAAUUUUUCCAAAUUAAUGCUCACCAUACAUACCUCCAAGGCUAGUACAUUUUUUGGAUCAUUUUUGGUUUCAGGGAAACUGCCCACCUACCCCUCCCCUAAGCCAACAGUUUGCCCUAAGUGGGAAGUAAGUGAUUAUGUUGACUUAGGGGAGGGGUGGGUGGUCAGUUUCCCAGAAACCUAAAUUAAUUCCAUUUUAGUAUGACUUUAACUGCAUAUUUUGAAUGUAAAACAUUGUCAAUGCUCACAUUGAAAUGUACUAGCCAUGGAGGUAUGUAUGGUUUUGUUUGAAUUUAAACAUACACAAGUUUUUACUUCUCACGGAGGUUAUUUGUUAAAUACCAAACUUUAAGGUCCUGGUAUCGGAUUUUCAGUAGCAGGUCUAGAUCGCGCGAAAUUCGAUUUUAAAAUUUUUUGUUUAUUGUUGUCACAGUGAUAUCAAUUUUACUAAAAACUUCAUUUUGACAAACUUAAAUUCAUAGUUAUUCACUGGUGAAAAUGUUGUGGCGAUCGGACAAGGAUAACAUCACUUUUAAGGCGAUUUAGAAACAUCGGUAUGGUCUGCGAGAAACUGUAUCGAAACACCUUGACAACUGAAAAAUGUUGCCUGCUUUUUAAGCACAGAGAAAAACCGGUGUACCUUGAAAAAAAUCUCCCAGAGCGAAGGCGAGAACCUACAACAGUUUAACCCUUGUAUUUCGCACCGAUGUUGUCGUCCCAUGUAAAGUAAUCCAAGAAAGGCUUGGAUUCUGGAUUCCACUGCCCCUUGAAUUCCCUUACAAGGCGAGAUAUUCAGAUUGAUUUCAAUCACAAUCUUUUAAUAUAAUCCGUGCCCUUACCUUCCCCUUCCCCCUUGGUCGCAGAGAGUAUUACCGUAGGGAGGGGCUAGGGUGAGGGGGUAUUACCCAAGGGGUUCCUAAGUGAGGUGUACAUUUCUCCAUUAUUUGCAGGUGCAUUUGCCGGUGUCUCUUACUGUCAGCGGUAUCCCUCCACUCUAUUCAUGCUCGUGUCACAACGUGGAGUUAAUACUAAUGGUAAGUAUAGAGUCGCUUGGGCUUAAAAUUUUAAGAUUUCCGCGGAACGUUUUUGAAAAUUUGCCCCUCAUUUGUUUGUGUUUCAGGCUGAGGUGCCUCUGGUGUAUUCUGCCUUUAGGAUGUCUGGCUACACUCCAUCACAGGUCAGUGCUGUUGCUUAUAAAAGGAGAUGAAGCACGAAGUUUAUAAAAAUUCAAACUGCGGGAACUGCCACCAAAUUGGGUAAACCAUAAAAACAACCGCUCAAAACGUUAGAAGAAGGUAGAAUUAAAACGGCAAAUGCAAAAGGAGGAUGAAGAUUGAAACGGAUUGCAAUUGUUUUCGUUUUCUGUUUUCGUCGUUUGUAACAUUUGGUAUUAUGCAUGAGACUGAGACGUAUUCGUUCGACACAAAGCUGUGAUUUUGUCAUUCAGUCACAAGUAAUUUCUGAAGUUCCAUGGCAAAUAAAGACGCGUAACUGGCAUUGAAAACAGUCUGAAAAGAAAAUACACUAACAGCCAUGACACAGCCGCUUUGAAGCCGGGGACAUUCUUGGCUCAUUCUUCUAUAAACAGCUCAUUCUCAUAGCUUCCUUGCGCCCCCUUUUUUCUUAAUCUCGCUCCUCAGUCAACUUAUUUACAUGCUAAUAUAACGAGAUGCAUAUAGUGACCCUUUUGUAGCGCCUCUACAUAAUAUAUCCCGUGUAUCUGUUGAAAAGUGAAUGAAUUGAGCCAAGAGGAUGAAAUUAGUAGCAGCAUUCUUUAUUGCUUUUCCAAACAAAGCUCACAUUUAUCAACGAUCGCCAUACAGUAACAUCUCCCGUCAUUUUAAAUACAGUCUAGCAGUUGGACAUUUACGAACCACUAACAACUAAUGAAUUUAGACGCACGUAUAGGUGUCCGUUUAAACGACAUUUUUUUUGCUGGUUCUUUAAAGUGAUUUUCACCCUUCAUUUAGUCAAAAGCGAACGCGUUAUGAAAGAAAUAAGAAACCAUCUUUAGGCUUUGACCGGUCUGAUUUUCAUCUCUGCUCGUUUAACGGAGUAAUUUGGUCCCUUCCAUGAGGUCCAGACCAUCCCUUCCCAGGAUUUAGAAUGUUUGCCGUGUAGAUAAACACCAUUUAGAUUUGAGAUGACACAGUCACUGUACCACCAUGCUCCUUUAAAACGCGAUGCACAGUUUUUAUUCCAGCUGUCGUUGUCUCGAUCUUUAGUUGUAAAUCCAUAACCACGAUGUCGGCCGAGCGAGUCGCCAGCAGUUCCUGCAAAAUAUGCAACGUAGAAUAAGCCUUGAGUUGGAAAAUGAAAUUUUUGUCAUUUAAAAUGCUUGGACAAAGAAAAACCGAAUUCGAUGACCUCCCAGAAUGCCAACCGGGUGCUCUUAUCACUUUAGAGUUUGGUAGAACUCAUGGUAAGCAAGGCCAUCUGCUAAGUUCAUAAAUGACACGUGUCCGUUGCUUCCUGAGUCGUGAUAAACUGAAUUCUGGGCCAAAAACGUGAAGCUUGGUGAAUAAUGUGAAAAUAGACAUUUACGGCCGGAGUUGACAAAGGCCGUGAAACAAAUGCGGCAUUGUUAGAAUGACACUAAAGUUUUCCAAUUUACGGUGCAGUUUAUAGAAAAAAGUACAGGGUGUUUUUUACGUUUUUGCUCGUUUGUUUCAUUUAAUUUUUGUUGCUGCCUCUGUUUACUACGUGCUACCCUUGCCAUAUCUCUGGGUUACACCUCUGCGCGAUGAUCAUGCAUGCAUCGUUUGGAAUGCUUGUUUGGUUAACCAUAUAGUUUCCACAUGAUUAAUUAUCUUGUUUGUACCUAUGUCGAUUUUUUCACUUUUGAGCUUUAACAUUUGUACUCACCGGAGUAUGUUCCUAAACUCAGCUUGUACUUGCUUCUCUCACUGGAAACACCAAAAAAAUCAUACUCAGCGUAAGCCGUUUUUCCGUUCGUGUCCUCAAGAUCCACCCGAAGUCUGCUUCGUAAUAUCGUCAGGCGGUGAAUCUUGUCCAGGCCGAGCCAAAAUUCACCAUUUAGAUUCCCAAAGCCUCGUUUGUAAUCAUCCCAGCCGCGGUAGAAAUCAACCGAGCCGUCUAGUCUCUUUUGGAGCACUGUCCACCCUCCACCGGCUGUUGUUUGGUCGCAAUAAACAUCGAAAGCUCCGGCAUUGUCAGGGUUGAUUGUGUAGACACCACUCUUUCGUUGUCCAGCUUUGUAAAGUUCCGCGCAGUUCCUGUACCCUAAAAAUAAAAUGCAAAUACUGUUUCUUUGGUAAAACUUAGGUUGUCCGUUUUGGAUUUGGUGUCAAAGGUGGACUAAUCUUUGUAUGUAUUUCCUUGGUGUGUAGUUAUACAGUAGAAUCCCGAUUUCUCGACCUCUCGGUUUUUCGAAAUCCCCGAUAAUUCGAGCCAAACCUAUCACAUCCAUUCACCUCAAACACUGUAAUUUUACCCCAGAUUUUUCAAACCUGCGUAUAAUUCGAACCAAUUUGCCUUUGCCAAGGUGGUUCAGAACUCGUGAUUCCAUUGUAAACUCAAAUGGUGAUUUUCAGCGCGAAGACAAGAUAUUACCUGGAGAGGUCGUGUUGUUUUCUUUUAAAGACCUGAUUUCGUCCCUCAUCUCGCUUAACUCGUUCUUAACUUCAUGUAACAAUACUUCGAUCUUCUUGCUAAGCCCCGUGCAAAACGUAUUGUAAGUAUUGUACACGUUAGGUGCGCUGUCUUUUACUUGAGUGCCCUGAGAAGCAUUAGAGACUUUACAGUAAGCAGGACCAAGAGUAACCAGAACAGAAAGAGCGUAGAUUAAACUGAGGACAGACCGCGAGCAAGCCAUGAUCGUCUUACGCGUCAUCAACCGAGUUCGCUGACUAUACGAUAAUCUACGAUAGACUUCGCUGUUUUCAUUGAAAUUAACUUUUUACGUCUCUUUCUGACAAGCUGAGUUUUCAGGUUUUGAAACGGCUAUUUUGGGAAGAUUAUGAACUGUAUAUGACGCAAGGAGAAACUGAGUUGUAUGAAAUAUUCAUUAGCAAACAGAGGAAGCAGUCAGCAUUUGAUGACUUUAGUGUUAAAAAUGUACGUGUAAAUUCUCAGGCCCCAAAGGUUCAAAUGUGGGAUAGCGCUAUCCACCAGAUAAAUCACUAUCCAGCGGAUAAGCACUAGGAAAACCAAUUGCUUUAUGCACUGGAUAGAGAUUUAUCCAGUGGAUUGCUUUAACAACCUUUUGGACAACCGGGGCCUGGGCCAGAACGUUAAAAAUCCUCAAACAACAACCCUUUCACAGUUUAGCCAAAAGCAAAUUUCGACCAAAAUUUCCAAAUUUUGUUUUUGUGAAAUUUUGAAAAACAAAUAGCACCAUGUGAAAGCACAGGAAGAGAGCUUUCAUUUGAAUGGUCACAUCAUAGGAUUUUGUCUGCAGGCUCAAAAGUUAGAGUCACAUUACAAAACUCCAUCAAGCACUCUGGCAGUGAAAGGGUUAACUGGCUCGUAAAGCUGUUGAUGUUUACAUUCAAGAUAGAGAUUUCAAGAAAUAUGAUGAAAGAAUCAGAUAACAGAACAAACAGUGGACUGGUUUGUUAGUUAGGACCCGCGCUCUUAUUCUUCAGAUUUUGACUUAAACAUUUGAAUGUUACUUCAGUUAAUAUGCCAUUUUUCUUUUCAACUCAGUGCCAGUCUUGAGUGUUCGGGCGUCUAAAACUGUUUGUAUUUCAUCGCUACAGUUUAUAUGAAGAAUACCCCGAGUGGAUUUUUUUUUCACGAACCUUUUAAGAGAGACAUUGGUGACCACUCUUGUUCAAAAAUAAACUCGUGGUCGCUUUCUACACUACUGCAGUUUUAGGUCAGAUAUGUUAAAGGAAUUUUAAGUAACAUCGAACAUUUUCCCUAGAGGCAUUAAUUUACUCCUUGAGUAUUUUUCGCGUCCUUAUAUAAACAAGCUAAGAGAGGUUGAAGCUGUAGAAAAUUUGCAUUUCAAAAAGUGACAUUCCUGUCACAUUAGGACAGGUCUGCAGAAUGAAUUUCUUUUUUUUUCAUUUUCCGGUGACAAAAUUAAUUGAAGCUACUUUCUCACGGUACCGGCUAAAAAAUUUGGCCGGACACUUGUUCACACGGAACCGUUCAAUAUUUUUGCGCUGUUCACACUUGACUGUCGAACCGUAAUAUUUCCAAGGAAAGUGAGUAAUACCACGACUCGUAAAUCCAUGUUCGCAAUAUCUGUUCGUAAUUUUCUAGCGUGUUCACAGACCCUCUAUUUUCUCUUCAAAGUCCUUCGAGCGCGCGUGAUAAAGAAAAAUAAAGCAACGCUGUGUACAGGCUCAAGGGACAGGCUGGUAAUUUUCCUCUCUUUUUACAGCUGUGUAACCACGCAUCCAUGCAGCCACGCCUUCGCUGACAAAAAAAUUUAGACGGUCAUGGUUUUCACACCUUGCCGUUCAAAUUUUCGACCGUACCGGUCAAAACUUUGACCUCAAUUUUAACGUUCAAAUUUUUGUGUGGUUAGCGCGGUUCCUUGUGAGCGAAGUACCUAACCGUACGAAUUUUCGGCUGGUCAAAAAUUCGACCGGUAGCGUGUGAACCUAGCAUCUGUGUGCAAAGGAAAGUGGCUUGACGGGGAGCAGCGUUGGCAAGCAGGGGCCUGGAGAGAGAGGUCUGAUCCCUGCCAGCAAUAGCCCAAUAGCAAUAGCCCACGUUCGUUAUAUUAGGCUGUUUUAGCAACAGAACGGGAACGUCAGUUUACGACGGCGCGCGCAUAUUAAACAACUGGUUUGACCUUGACUAAGGUUUGACCAAUGGUAGAGCGGCCACUUGGGCACCGGAAGUCGAGUUUAGUCCUUUCUGCGUGCUUUCCGGACCUCAAAUGACGUUCCUGUUCUGUUGCUAAAUGAGCCUAUUAUGAAAAGCCAAGAGAGAAUGAUCCUUGGAAAAACCAACAUGACUCCGAGGCUUUCUGGCAUUUUUCCAUAUUUGGUUCGGUUUUCUUUGUGCUCAAGUCUGUUCUGGCAAUUGCGAGACAACGGAGUCAUGAAAAAUUUGCAAUUUUGAUCCUAAAGCCUCGGAGUCAUGUUAAAAUUUUAACAUAUCGAACGUGGGCUAUUCCCCUAAGCUCUCCAAUUAUGGCGAGCGAAGCAGAUUUGCGUCUCCUUUCACGUGCGGCUCUUGCGUGACUUCUCGCGACUCCUCGAGUGGAGAGCUUGCUUGCAGGCUAUGUCACGUCGGAAACCCGGCCUUAUUGUUGUUGAGUUCUCUUCGGGAAAAGGCUUUUGAAACUCACCUUUUCAUUUUAUCAGAGCUCUUGUUUGACAAAAUCCUUUCCAGGGUUCCAAUGAGAUAUUUUUUGCGCGUGGCGGGAAAUUUAUAGGUCGGCCGCUGGCUGAGACAUCUUCUGCCAAAGGCUGCAGCCUUGGGAGACAAAUCGCGGUCACCAUGAAAGGCUGGACUCGUCAAAAUGAAAAGUCUUUGCAUGAUACCUAGGUUAACGAAAUCCUAUCAGCAGUCGGACACGAUAACCGGACUGAUAAAAUACUGAAAAACUAUUAUUUUGAAGUUGCAAUUUUCAUUGAAAGUCACCUUAAUUUGUUCCCGGCGGUUUUCUGGGAUGUCCGACUAACCGAGGUGCUGGUCGGGUAUAUACUCUUUCUUAAAUAAAGUAUUAUUUGCAGGGAUGUUUAUGCUUUGUUUUCAUGGAUUUUUUUGCCUUAUUCACUCCAGAUCUGUCAGCACUGGUUACGUCAAUGUUUCUGGAACUACCUUGAUUGGGACGAGAUCUGUUUGUACAUUUGUACUUGUCUCACAAUGGGCAUUGAUUAUCAGGUACUAUAAAAUGUUCAAAGAAGCGCGUCAUAAUGUAAGAGCAAGUUGUGGGCUAUUUUUAUGAAAUAAAUUUUAAAAACUCUUGAUCUUUUUAUUAAUCUUUAUUAUUUUUCAUUUUUAUUAUUUUUCAGGUGUACUUUUGUAUUGCAGUUUUACGUCAUUUACAACAAGACAUUCUACGAAAAACGCAGCAACAGCAGCUUCUAAUCUUCUUAAAGGUAGAUGGCAAUGAGCUGCACAUUAAACGCUAAAGAGCAGGCUUCCGUUCAUUUCUUUACAAACGGAGAUAAUCACGAGAAGAUGUGGUAUAAAUCUAAAUUUAGUGCUAGUGAACAUUAUCUUAUGAUGUAGCCAUUCAAACGAAACUUCUUUAGCCGUUACAUGACGCCGUUAGUUUUUCUUUUAGGUUUUCCCUCUCCGCCCCAAUCUCUUCUCCUCUCCUUUUUACUAUUAAUUUGAAUAAUAACCUUUUUCGCUUGCUGUAACUGGCUGUAAUGAAAGAAGGAGGACCGGUGGCGGUCUAUUUUUCUUUAUUUCAAUUAAAUUCGAGUUGUCCGUCUCUUCCGAUGUUUGGCCUUCUUCGGAGCGAUAAGAUUUAGCCUGCGAGCAAACUUUCCAUUUGGGGACAUUAUAUCGUCUUUAAGAUGAAAAGGUCUUCGUUUCUUGUUGUCUAGAACAAUAAAUUCCACUGCGAUUUCUUCCCUUGGCAAUAUUUUUCUCUUGUCUGCCCCCUGAUAAACCCCGUGACAUUGCCUUAAUCCCAUCAGACCUUGAGCGCGUGCAAAGAUGGUGGGUAUCGUGAAUAAGGUCGCGGGAUGCAUUUCGGCUCCAGUUCCCUUCUUGUCUCUAAAGUGUCGAAUGAGGAAAUAACCAUUGUUUUUUUAAAGCGUUUUUCAUAUUUUUUGCCUUUUGUUUCAGGAAAACCCAAUCCCCAAUUUCAAAGUUGCUGAACAAUUGACAUUCAUGCAGGAAUUGGAAGCUCGGUAUCGUCCGUCAAUUCUAUCUGACUUGCAGAAUAUUACCAAACCCUAG